AAGAAAUCCCGAUCGCUUUCAGAAAGAAAUGGACUAGGGAUGGCCGGAUGGAGGGAGACGCAGCGCGCGCGACGGGGGAAAGGGUAGCGAGGACGGCACAGCGCAACGGCAAUGGAGACGUUUACAUCACGCCACACCUUUCCGCGCACAAGAGCAGCAGCUAUUAGCGCUAGCUACCUGCCUCGUCAUCAUUGCUUGCUUGCGGCCGCAGAUUAGGUAGUACGCUAGACAACUUGAGCAGGGUUUAUUAGGCCGCGGCUUAUUGCUGUCACGAAGAGAACCAAGCUAUAGAAGAAGAGAAACAGAAGAGGCACAGCUUAUACCCAUCCACUGACCGCGAAGUGCACAGAGGGGGGAAGGAAGGAGAGACCACGUACCGUCUGCGAGGAGGACGACGAAGAAGGAGAAGAGGCUGAUUCGAUCGAGCAGCAUGGCGCGGCGGCCACGGCCGUGUGCCCACCUGACGGCCACGCUCCUUCUGCUCGCCGUCGCCGCGGCGGUCGCCAGAGCCGCCGACGGCGACGAGAAGUGCGGCAGCCCGUGCGGGAACCCCUGCGGCGAGCCGUGCGUGUACGCGAGCCCGCCGCCGCCGCCGGUCUACUACCCGCCGCCGCCGCCGCCCGUGUACUCGCCACCACCGGCGCCGGAGUACUACCCGCCGGCGACCCCGACCCCGACCACGCCCUACUGCCCGCCGCCGCCGUCGGGCGGCGGCUACGAGCCGUCGCCCGGAUACACGCCCUACACGCCCGGGUACAACCCGACGCCGCCGUCCGGCUCCGGCUGGUACACGCCCUCGUACAACUCGCCGCCUGGCACGCUCUACCCGCAGGACCCCGGGUUCCGGCCCAACGCCGCGCCGGCCCGCGUCGCCGCGCCGUGGCGCGCGGCGCUCUUCCUCGCCGCCGCGGCGUCGGCGGCGCUGGCCCGCGCCUGCCUGGACUUGUGACGCGGUCGGAGGCCACCGGGGAUCACGACCUGCGCCGAUCGGUGUCGCGUCUACAUGGCGCCGCGCACGCGCCGUGCUGGGAGAUCGUCAAGGGCGUGCAUGGCGCGCGGGUUUAGUUCCGCCUCCGUGUUAUGUUAAUAAUAAGAUUAUCAGAGGAAGGGUUACGUUGGGUGAGAUAUCUCUCUUUCUUUCUUUCUUUUUUUUUUUUUUUGCACCUCAGUUCAUCCGUGUGUCGUUCGUUGUGUUAGUGAAUUCGUCGUAUACUUAUGUCGUUGGAACAUCUGUUCUCGUGGUAGGAACACAAGUUCAUCCACCUAUCAUCAGACUCUGUGAAACAUUCAAACAUAUAUAUGUUCGUCUUAUCUGAUCAAACUCAAAAUAACAUGUACUGUGUUUUAUUCUCCAA